GUGCACUUCCGCUUCCGGGCCAAGACUCUGCAGUUCGUCAAUCCGCUUUAUGAUAAGCGUUUUCUGAAGUCGUUCUUCGCUUUAACUGGCUUUUGGCUUUAGUUUUCUACCGCUCAAAAAAGUUAGAAGAAAAAUAAGGUUUCAAGGGCCUCUCUAGGGAUGUAGUCCAGAAAAAAAGUCCAGCCUCGAGGAAUCACUUUAAGAAAAGGACUAGGGUGAGCACUCUCAGCUAAGAUUGUAGUGACGAGCUGUAGGGGUGGAGUUGAGAGUAAGGAUUUCUGGGCGCACCGGAGGACUCAAAAAGGAGGCGGGACGUAGACCUUCUGCAGCUAAAGGAGGCAGCCCCACCUACUUCGGGUCAGAAGUCCUGGCCAGGUCUCUGCCCGCGCGUGCGCAGUGUGAACCUUCCUCGCGCGCCUUUCUGCUCCAAAAUGGAAUUUCGCUCAGCGCGGCUGGCGGUACUGCAGCUGCUCCGUACCGUGGCUCCGACAGACCGUCCAGCGCUGCUCGAGUGGAUGCGAACGACCCGAGAUUUUGAUGAAUUCACUCAAGAUAAUAAUGACAUUCUGUUGAAAAACAUAGCAGAAGACCUUCGGAAUUGUUUACCUCUAGAAACCAUGCUUUCCUCAGAACAUUUGGCCCUUCAAAAAAUACAGCAGCAGCCAGAACCCACAGUUCACGUUGAUGCAUUCCUUUAUGAUGAAGACUUUAUUGAUUCAUUAUGUGAGGAAGGAAAACUGAGCAGAAACUACUGUAUGGUUUGUGGCUCACACCAGACGGCACCUUUAGGAUUUAUUUCUCACUCCUUCUCCCUCAUGGAAUUGAAGUUCAUUUUUCAUCAUGUACUCCCUGAUCUGUCGGGAAAGCUCUUGGUUGACGUUGGCUCCAGGCUUGGCACAGUCCUUUACGGGGGUUAUCUUUAUAGUUCAGCAUUGCAACUAUAUGGAGUAGAAUUGAAUGGAGACUUUUGCCAGUUGCAAGAAAUGAUCAUAAAAAAAUAUCAGUUCACUGACAGAAUAAAGGUUUUUCAUGCAGACAUCUGUACCCAGGGUUCCCUUCUGCAAAAUGCUGAUGUUGUUAUAAUGAAUAAUGUCUUCGAAUAUUUUCUUAAUGAGGCAGAACAGGCCAGAGCCUGGGAAUAUAUCAGUCAUAAUGUAAGGAAACAAGGUUCUUUAUUAGUAACAGUACCAAGUCUUGAAGAUUCUCUCUCAGGUCUUCAGACUAAUAUACAAUUAUCUCCCUGGGUUGAAGAGGUACCACUGGACUAUGAUAUAUACCCAGAAAUGGAUAUUGACAGAGAAGCUCUUAAACAAAUUCAUUUAUAUAAGAUUCUCUAGCACUGUAAUAGUCCUAUUUCAAUAAUGUUUUCUUGACAUCUUGAGUAAUUUUACAAAAUAAUGAAAAAGAAGCAUAACCUCAAUACCCUAACAUAUUUUUCUGUAUAUUUCUUUCUAGCCUUCAUUCGUAUGCUUACAUAUUUGUAAAUAGAUGCAUAUAUACAUACACAACUUUGUUCUGCUUGUGUGAUAAUGUAAUUAAAAUAUU